UUCACCUGUACUUUCUCCCAACGGUCAUGGCGCCCUCGCCGUCGUCGUCGGCGACGACUUCGGUCCAAGUCGCCCUGCGAAUUCGACCGACGACCAAUCAAGACGCCACCUCAAUCCCAUCCCGGUUCCAGCGGCCAGUCAUCCACGCCAUAUCCUCUAAUGCCGUCUCGGUCGAUGCGGUGACCGCAAACCCUCAAGGAGGGCCCUCCCCGGCGAGCGCAGCAGGCGCGGCGGCGAAGAAGCAAGUCUUCGCCUUCGACCAGGUUCAUGGCCCAGGGACUACGCAGCACACCAUGUUCACCUCAACCGCGCAACCCCUCAUCUCGCGCUUUGUGGAAGGCUUCAACUGCACCAUCCUCGCGUACGGGCAGACCAGCUCCGGCAAGACGCACACCAUGACCGGCGUGGACCUCGAUGCGGACCCCACGGACCCCAACAACGGCAUGGGCAUCAUCCCGCGCGCGGUGUCCAUGAUCUUCGCCCGCUGCCGCCAAGUCAAGGAGGAGCGCGCGGGGACGUGGAACUUCAACCUCAAGGGCUCGUUCGUCGAGCUGUACAACGAAGACCUCAUCGACCUGCUUGGCGCCGACGAUACCGGAGGCGCCCGUCGCGAGGUGCAGAUACGGGAGGACAAAGAUGGGCACAUCAUCUGGGGCGGCCUUCGCGAAGUCAGCGUGAAGAACGCGAACGAGGUCAUGGGCCUUAUCCGCAAGGGCACGUCAAUACGGCGCACCAAUGAGACCGACAUGAACGCGCAGUCGUCGCGCUCGCAUGCCAUAUUCUCGCUCACUCUCACUCAGAAGAAGUAUACUGGCAACGGCGAGCCGCCGCGCUCCUCGACACCAUCACUACCGGGCGGCAGAUCGCCUUCACGGCUCGCCCGCCCAGGCUCUGUCAUGGGCACUUCUCGCGUAGCGUCUCCGACUUUCGGCCAUAACUCGUCUAACAGCUUUGCGCAGGCGAUGGGACGGGGCGGCUUGCGCCCAUCUAGCGCGCUAGGCCACGCCGGAGAUAGGCAACUACAGAAUGGCGGUGACGACGGCGAAUGGGUUACAAUCGUUUCCAAAUUCCACUUCGUUGAUCUGGCUGGUUCCGAACGCUUGAAGCGCACGGCAGCGGCCGGCGAGCGGGUCAAGGAAGGCAUUUCCAUCAACAGCGGUCUUCUGGCCUUGGGCAAUGUCAUCUCUGCCCUCGGCGACCCCGCCCGCGCGAAGUCGCACACCGCGACACACAUUCCUUACCGAGACUCAAAGCUCACCCGCCUGCUGCAAGACUCGCUCGGCGGCAAUGCGCAUACACUUAUGAUUGCGUGUGUCAGCGCGGCUGAGUGGAACGCGGCGGAGACGGUCAAUACCCUCAAGUAUGCCAACCGGGCGCGGAACAUCAAGAAUCGUGCCGUUGUCAAUGAGAAGGAGGACGGCUGGGACGAUGUCGAGUGGCUCCGUGGCACCGUCACCCGACUCCGCAAGGAGGUGAAGACACUGAAGGAGGGCGGCGCUAUACCGUCGUCCGGCGCGCCCGAGGUCGAGGUCGAGGGCGCGAGCAAGAAGGUCCUCACCCAGAUGACGGAGCUGCAGAACAACUACGAGGACCUCCGCGAGAAGUUCGUCGAACGCACGGAGGAGCUUACGCGCCUUCGGCGAGAGCUUGGCGAGAAGGCUCGCGGCAGCACGGGCGGUGCGGUCACCGGGACAGCGAAGUACGAAGAGAUUGUUGGACCUGUCAUCGAGGAGUACGAGAAGACGAUCUCGGCGAUGGAGGCAGAGCUUUCGCUUAAUCGCGCUGCGCUUCGUCAUACCAACGAGCUUGUCGAGGAGAAGGAAGAGGAACUGUCUGCCCUUACCGAAAGGCACGGCGCGACUGAGCUCUACGUGGAAGAGCUGAGGUCACGAGUGUCCAAGCUACAAGAGCGCGAAGCUUCCACGGAGGCGUACGUGCGCGAUCUCGAGGAGAAGCUCAGAUCAGUCGACGAGAGCAACAUGUCAUCCUCGGAGUCCAUGUCCGACCUCAAGCGCGAGCUCGCACGCUUCAAAGACACCGAGACUUACUCGACGAAGUAUAUCGCUGAUUUGGAGGCACGGCUCGCGCGCUCGGACGAGUCCGUCAUCGCACUGCAGCAGACUGUCGAGAGGUUGGAAGCGGAAUGCGAAACACGCCGCGAGGAAGCGGAAUCCCUGCAGGCCCGUCUCGAGGCCCUUCGCAAGGACGGCGAGAAUUGGCGCAAUGAUCUGGAGGCGCGCGAAGCCCGCGUGCGCGAGCUUGAGCUCAAGAUGCAGGAGUGGGAGAGGAAGCGCCUGGAAGCGAACGAGACUCGCGAGCGUUUGAACAAGGUCGUCGACAAUGUCGUUGACGAAGUCGAGGGCGCCAGGAACAAGCUCGAGGUCGACCUAUCUGAUGCCGGCUCGGUCAUCUCGCGCAAGCCGUCGACCGUGCACCUGGAGAACCUCGAGAACGUCGCAAACGAUGGCACCGCUCAGAAGGCGCUUUUCGACCUGCAGCAGACUCACCAGGCUACCCUCGCGGAUUUGUCGUCCGUGACCGCCAAAUAUCGCGAUGCUUUGCGCGAGAUCUCGGACCUCGCUGCGCAGAUACAGGAGGCAAAAUUCGGCGCCUCCAGCGUUGCUGAGUCUCGCUCGGAGUCACCUACCACGGAUCGCCCUCUCGAGGUGCCUUCACAUCGGCGUAGCCCCACCGGCGGUGGACGGAGAAGUCGCGACCCCAGCGAACAACCCGGCAGCAAACGUCUUUUUUUCCGACAAGCGGCCUCGGUCGAGUCGCUCCGCGCGAGGUCGCUUUCACAAUCCUUAUCGCUUUCACAGGAGCUUUCCUCGGCACACUCGCGCAAAACUUCCUUUUCAAGUCAAGGGACGAGUAGUGCACACUCCCCGUCCAACUCCCAGUCUAUGACAUAUGGAUCCGGCAAUCACUCCCGCCCGAACCUUUCUAUCUCCCUGUCGUCCAAUGGGGAGCGCUCGGUGUCUAGCCUGGAGAAGGAGAUUAUGCGCCUCCAGGAGGUGCUAAGGGAGCGCGAGACGGAGAUAUCCGCCCUCGAGGAAUCGCUCAAGGAAGCCCACGAUAAGAGCGACACGGCGACUUCGGAGACCUCUGAGCGCGGACCCGGCAAGAUUGACGUCGACCUCCCAAUCCUCGUCAACGGAGCCAGCCAUGAGAAGGCGGACAGCGCGCAUUUGUCUCCGAAGACGCUCGGGCAGUUCGACUCGAUUCGGAAGAGCAUGGAGAUACGGGAUGGGUUCUCUAUUCCAGACGGCGAUUCCGAUGGUGCGAACGCCGCUAUGAUCGCAGAGAGGGAUGAGAGUCUCGCACGGUUGAAUGAGCUCAUGCUUUCCAUGGCGCAGAAGGAGUCGCAGCAUCGCGAAGUUGUGGAUGAUCUGUCCGAGCAACUGACCACCGUAAGGCGGCAGCUUGACGAUCUCAGGACACUCAGCAGGGAUCAGGCCCUCAACAUGUCCGGCGAGAUCGACGCCAUGCAGCGGAAAUACGUCGCCGACCUCGCUACUCUCGAGGAGACGCAGAAGCGCGAGGCCGAACUCGUCGAGUCUUUGAAGAAGGCUGACGAGGAGCAUUCGGUGACCGUCGCACAACUGCGCGCCGAGCACGAAGCAGCUAUGAACGAGAAAGCAGCCGAGGUUGACGAGCUUGUUUCUCGCCUCAAGGCCGAGCACGAUGCCGCCCUCAGCAGUGUUCGUGAAGAGCUUGUUGCCGCGACUGCCUCUCUCGAGCAGUCCCGUGCGGACCACGAAAAGUCUUUCGGCGAGCUGGAGGCCAAACACGCUGCCGAGCUUGAGCGUCACUUGCAGGAGGCGAACGAGGUUUUGGCACGUACUCGGGAGGAGCACGAGGCCGCACUUGCCAAGCUCGCGGCUGAGCAUGCGGAAGUCCUGCGCAAGAAGGAGGACGAGUCGAAUGCGGUUCUUCACAAGACCGAGGAGGACUACUACAACGUCCUGACCAAGCUUCGCAGCGACCACGCCGAAACCCUCGAGCGCCAGAAGGCCGAGACCGAAGCGGCGUUGGAGCGCCUCCGCGACGAGCACGCCGCCCAGAUGCGUAUGGCUACCAUCGCGCAGGAGGGAUCUCUUUCGGAGUCGGAGUCGGCUCGCAACCUGGCCCUCAAGGAGCUACAGGAGGAACAUGCUGCUGCCGUCCUUCGUAAGGACACUUCCUUCGCCGAGGAACUUGAGCGCGUCAAGAGUGAGCAUGCGCGUGCACUGGCCACCAAGGACGAGGACUUCAACAUCCAGCUCGAGAAGACCCGCGCCGAGCAUGAAGGCGUCCUCUCGCGCAUGAAGGAGACCUGGCGCGACGAGGCUGAGCGGCUGAACGGCUUGCUGGAGGCUGCGAAGCAGGAGUCCGCCGCGUCUGCUGCUCAAUCGCAGAAGGCGUUCGACGAGGCUACGCAGGCUCUAAAGGAGGAGCAUGAUGCGCUAUUGGCCGAAGUCACGAAGGGCCACGAGGAACAGCUGUCCCAGUUGCGCAGUGAGCACGACGCCGUCCUUCGCGAAUCAUCGGAGAAGCUCGAGGCCGAACGCCAGGAGCUCCUCAAGUCGCAUGUCGAGGAGGUCACGAAGCUGAAGGCCGAGCAUCAGCAGGCUGUUGCCGAGCUCAACGAGACUUUGGUCGCACUGCAGGCUGAACGUCAGGAUGCUCUGGAGAAUGCCAGGCAAGCGGCCGAGCGCUCAUUCACCGAGGAGCAGGAGCGCCUGCACGCGACUCUGGAGGACCUGAAGGCUCAGCACGCGCAGGAGGUGGAGACCUGGACGAAGGACCGUGCACUCCUUGUUCAGGAGCUCGAAGCCGAGAAGGCGGCCGCCGACAAGCUUGCCGCGUCGCAGCAAGCACUCGAGCAAACCCAUCGCCAGGCUCUCGACGAGAAGGAUGCUGCCUUCGAGGCCCUCAAGGACGACCUAACCUCCGUUACCAGCCAGCGCGACGAAUUUCAGUCGGAGGUCGAGGACCUUCGCUCGGAGUUGGCUCAGCACCGCGAGGAACAGUCUCGCCUUCUCGAGGAAGCUCGCACAGAGAAGACGACCGCUGUUGAGCAGCUCACCCAGGAGCUAGCAUCGACCUCAGACCAGCGAGACGACUUGGAGGCUGAGGUCGCCACCCUCAGGGCUGAGUUGGACAAGACGCGUAAGGAGCAGUCCAAGCUUGUGCAGGAGGCAUCCAAGCGAGAUUCUCUGGUCGACGAGCUCGAACGGCACCGCUCGAUGAUUGCGGAGAUGCAGGACGCACUUCAGAAGGUCAAGGACGAGAAGGACACCCUGCAGACCGAGAAAACUCGCUCGGAUACCAUGCUGCGCGACUUGCAAGCGCAACUCGUUCGCAGCUCCUCGCCACCGACUGUCCGCUCGCCAGUGGAGCGCAACCGAUCAAAUCUGCCACCCAUGAAACUCCCACCACCGACACCGCCUCCCUCCGUUCCUCCUCCGCCGGCUCCGCGACACAUGAACGGCGACGCCAACGGCAGCGUCUCAUCCGCCGCCUCUAGCGCUCCGAGUGCGCUCGCAUCCUCCACCUCUUCACGCGAUUCCACGCUCGACUCGCCUGCGACGUCAGUAGCCACGCCAACCAUCAACGGACCGGACCCUAAGAUGGUCGCGAAGAUGGAGGAGCAGGCGAAGCAUAUCGACGAGCAGGAGGCAAUGAUCAAGACGUUGAACAAGCAAUUGUCCCACUGCGAGAGCGAUUUGCAGACGCACAUGGACCUUGUCUCCACGCUCGAGACGUCUUUGGGUGACUCGGAGAAGAACCUCCGCAAAGCUCGUAUGCACGCAACCGAGCUCGCAAGGGAGCGGGACACGUUGAAUACGAAGAUGGAGGCCUUGCGGAGGGAGCUUGAAGAGGCCAAGCGCGAAGUCACGAAUGUGCGCCGGUCUAUCGUCGAGGAGAAGCAGUCUUUGGAACAGCGUCUCGACGAGGAGCGCCGGGCCAAAGAGCGGGCGCGGCAGCAGUUGGACUCGCGUAUGGAAGAGCUCCAAAAGCGCAAGUCCAAGUUCGCCUGUCUCUGAUCGCCUCUGCUCCGUCUGCGUCGGGUCUUUUUAUUCUCUUAUUUCGCCUGCACUUUUCGCUUGCCGGGUUUGGAUCGUUCGCUCUGUUGUUUACUCAUCUCUUCCUCUCUGUUUUCGCCGUAUAUAUCGGCUUGCACGCUCUUUGCCGGCGCGACCUCUCCGCACCAUUAUACACUACUUGCUUGGCAUACCCCCUCCAUCUAUGGCUACCCUUCCUGUUACCUCUAUGUUCCCCUUAGUAGAAUAUACCAGCUAUGCAACGCAGGGCGCGAAGCACCAAUGACCAAGCUCGUUCACACCCGA